CAGGUGGCCCCGGAAGGGCGGGGGAGGGGGAAGGGGCCGCGGGGCCGUUCCGGUCCGGUCCGACCUCGGGUCUGAGCCCGGUCCUGCGUCCCGGGUCCCGCCGCCAUGACGCUCGCCGUGUUCUUCGGGUGCACCUUCAUCGCCUUCGGGCCGGCGCUCGGCCUCUUCCUCUUCACCAUCGCCCACGACCCGCUCCGCAUCAUCAUCCUCAUCGCCGGGGCUUUCUUCUGGCUGGUGUCACUGCUGCUGUCCUCCCUCAUCUGGUUUAUCGCAGUUAAAGCCAGCGACCCCCGGGAUGAGCUGUUGCAGAAGGGGCUUCUGAUAUUUGGGGUGAUGUUCUCCGUGCUGCUGCAGGAGGCCUUCCGCUUCCUCUACUACAAGCUUCUCAGGAAGGCCAUCGAGGGAUUGAUGGCCCUCAGUGAGGACGGCUGCUCCCCCAUUUCCAUCCAGCAAAUGGCAUAUGUGGCUGGCGUGGGCUUCGGGCUCAUGAGUGGCGCCUUCUCCAUGAUCAAUCUGCUGGCAGACGCGUUAGGGCCCGGCACAGUGGGCAUCCAUGGGGAUUCACAGCUUUACUUCCUGACCUCAGCUUUUAUGACCAUGGUGCUGAUUUUCCUUCACACCUUCUGGGGGAUCCUCUUCUUCCACGGCUGUGAGCAUCAGCGCUGGUGGGAGAUCACAGCGGUCAUUGCCAUGCACCUUGCUGUUUCGGGGUCGACAUUUUGCAACCCCCUGUACGUGGGAAGCCUGGUGCCCUCCUACCUGCUGAUGGCCACUGCUGCUGCCUGGGCUUACCUACUUUCGGGGGGAUCUGCCCAGAACCUGCAGCGCUUCCUGCUUUGUCUACAGAGUGGAGCCAGUCCCCAGCCAGGAUCCUGAGGCCCCACAGGACAUUCCUGUCCCCAGCCACCCCUGCCCUCCCCUCCAUUCUGGCAGCAAUAGCAGCCGUCACCUUCUCUGCAAUAUCUUUUCUCCUGGACUGAGGGACCCUGGCCAGUCCCAGCGAGGCAGGUGCUGGGGUCUGGCUGUGGCAGCCAGCUGACCGGUGUGGCUGGGGCUGGCUUGCUCUGAUGCACCUUAGGGAGCCCCCAGAGAACAGCUGUUUUGGGGGACCCAGCUUUGCUGGCCCGCCACAAGCAGAGCCCCGGUUAGCCUGCCUGGGAGGGAUGCUACCUUGGACUGCUGGAGAGGCCUGAGCCCAAAGAAACCCAUUGCUUCUCCCCCCUCUGCAGAUGUGCCAUCCCCUGUGCUGGGGGGAGGCGGGGAGGGGGGAUGCGAGGCAGGAAGGGGUGCUGCCCCACAUCACCUCCUCACUGCAGGAUGGAGGAAACAGCUUUGUAAAGUGCUGCUAUGCUCUGGGCUGGGGAUAAUUGCUGUGGUGCUACUUUCUCCACCUCUGCCCAGCCUCACUGCCCUGGGAGUCAUGGUCCUGGCACUGGACUGCAGUAGCAGCAGUAAGCCAGCAUCCUGGUGCAGGGAGGAUGUUGCUGGGUGAAAGGGGAUAGACAACACCCAGGGUGGGAGGAGGAUGGGGAAAAGCCAGUACCAUAAGAGCCCAGUGGUUGUGGAGGGUGGUGGAGGGCUGAGGAGGAGAUGCAACCCUGCAGCUGCUGCCCAUGCAGCUUGGGGAGGGGGUUCAAGGGGCCAUUCCAGUGGGUCAGUGCCCUCUCCUGCUCCUGGGGAGGCAUUUUCAGGCAAGCAUAAGCCCUGAUGCUGUGCUACAGGGCUGGGAAGGAGAAACUGCCAUCAGGCUCAGGGCUGAGAAGGCAGUUCUGUCCACAGUGGGCUUUUAUACCAAUAAAAAGAUACCACAGACAA